AUUUAACAAAUUAAAACUUUUUUUUCUUUUUGCUAAGGCAAACGUUUGGAAGUUUCAAAUUUGGGGAAGAAAGCAAAACUAAUAAAGGGCCUGACGUGCCUGAGACUCCAAAUCCCCAGGGAGCUGCAGCCGGCGGAGCCCCCAAGUGCCACUAUUGUGUGCACUGGGUGGUGGUGGGUGGCAGCCGGUGGCUGCAGUGGAACUGGGCAGCGCCGGCUGCAAGAGCAGCAGCAGUGCUGAGCAGAACCAGCCCAGAGCUGCCCUGUGCCAGCUAGAAGCUGCGUGGGAAGGGAUGCCAUGGAGCUGCUGCCUGUCGUGUCAUGCUGUCACCCUCCCACAGCUAACGUGUCAGUGUGGCACAAACCUGAGCAGUGAGCCUUGGCAGCCAUCUGCUCACAGCCUUCCCCAGGGUUCACCUUGCCCUUAACCCAUGUGAAGACUUGCUGGAAACACGAUCUAGAAAAGAGUUUUUAGUCUUCUAAUACUCUGUUGUGUCAAAGAAGAGCCCGUCCAAAUGAGCAAGACAUCCCCGCAGAACACCGCUACAGAUGCGAACGGAGUAAGCGUGAUUCACACCCAGGCACACAGCAGUGGUUUGCAGCAGGUUCCCCAGCUGGUUCCCGUUAGUCCUGGUGGUGGAGGCAAAGCUGUGCCUCCGAGCAAGCAGGGAAAGAAAAAUUCCUUUGUGGAUAGAAACAGCGAUGAGUAUCGUCAGCGCAGAGAGCGAAACAACAUGGCAGUGAAAAAGAGCCGGUUAAAAAGCAAACAGAAAGCACAAGACACACUGCAAAGGGUCACCCAGCUCAAAGAAGAAAAUGAACGUUUAGAGGCGAAAAUUAAGCUCCUGACCAAGGAGCUGAGCGUACUGAAAGACUUAUUCCUCGAGCACGCACACAGUCUCGCAGACAAUGUGCAACCUGUUGGCACUGAGAGCACCACAACAAAUCCAGAAAACAGUGGGCAGUAGUCACUGCCACAGCCUGAUGGGAUGAACUCUGGAGGUGCAGCCUGUCUGCACCACCCCUGCAGUAACUGAGCAAAUGAGGGGUUCUUUUAACCAUCAUUGUGUGCGGAUCUUUUUAGGUUUAACACUGAAGAUUUGAUACAAUUAAACCAGAAACUGCUUAGGGUUUUUCUUUAAAGGCGUUAAAUAUUUUUCUCUUCUAGAAGAUUUGUCUAAUAAGUGCAGAUCUAAAUCCUUAGUCAGCAAGGAGCUUACCAUUACAGAAAUAGCAUUUCACAGAUGUACACUUACCUUCUUACAUUUAGCACAAUGGGAGAAGUUCAUCAGGGUGGUUCACUGUAGUAUCAGAAAGUCGUAUUUGGGUGAAUUCCUUUAAAUACUUUUUAGUGCAUUUAAGCCCUUUCUUUUCUCUGUUACAUGUUACAAACUGCAGAGGCUUUAGAGAGUUUGUUGUUCUGUUUGGUGAACUGCUUUUCUACCUACGGAGCAAUUCCUGCAAAGCACCACUUAGGCUUUUCCUAUCUGGUUACUGGGCAGGGCACAGUAAUAGCAAGCUGGGGUACUUCAAAAUGUUUUCUAAAUAAGCAGCAACAUUCUAUAAUGAUCUUUGCAGGCAAUUGGCUUCCACGGGGUAAGUGGUGGUCUGAACCAAGUAUCAGAGGUAAAGCAGCACAUGGGCUGCUUUUUUUUAUGCCCGUGUUCAUGUUUUCCUGGCUUGCACAGUGAGUGUGGGGCGUUAGGAGAACAAUGUUUUGGUUUCCAGAAAAUGUAAAAAUGCUACCAACAACCUAUGCUCUGCAAAACUGCAUUCCUGCUGGGGUGCGGGUAUCAGGGAGAACAAAAUACACAGCUUGGCUGAGCAACAAAAGGGGUAGGGCAGCAUAUGAACAGCAAGAAUGUGUGGAUCUCAGCUCACUUAUGUUCAUUUCCAUUCUCACAGCCAUUCAGAUUUGCAGCCAAGCCUGUACAGAAAUGCACAGUGAUUUUAAAACUAAUGGCCCUCAUCUGAACACCCGAUUCAGCAGAAUUUCUAUAGCCAUCACAGUUGUGUGAAGGAGUAUCUUCAGUCUUAUUUCCAUAGAAGUUCUUCUAUAGCAGUUUUUUUAAAUGCUAGUGAUAAGUUUUUGCCAUGAUCCAUAAUGCAGUGGUAUGUACUAUAUAUUGAGGAUUUUAACAGCAAAAGUAAAGCAGGAACUUUGGCGUAUCCUUAAUUUAUUUUCAUUUUUAAGUAUUUCAUUGAUGGUAUGGUUGUGUUACAUUUAACCUGUGUGUCUGGCUAGUGGAUUAUUACACUGUCUUAAUUUCCCUCCUACACUACCUUUUCCCCAUAUUUUGUAGGAUGCUUGUUUGCCUUGUACCUCUACUUAGGAAAAGAAAAACCUUGGAUAUUAUCUCUAUGAAGAUGCUGUUAGAAAAUAAAGCCUUUAAAAGUUCUUUCUGAAUUUCAGUUUUUAAUACAAAGGCAGUUAGGUGCAGUUUUUUAUGGAUUGUUUUGGACUAUGAUAGUCUUUUUACAGAUAUAUGGUUUUUUGGUUCUAGCUGCAGCUUAAUUAGGUAAGAUUGAAAUAUCAGAAACUAAUAAAAACAUUUUGCCUCCA